AUGUGGAGAGCUGCGGGAGGAGAGGCGACUCGAAUCGUGUCGCCGGUCGGAAAUGUGACGGUAUUGUUCGGCGGCGAUGCCGUGCUCUCCUGUGUCGUCGACGACCUUGGAUACGGCGAGGUGAGUUGGGUCCGGGGCGAGACGGUGAUGACUCGGAACGAUAAGGUGCUGAUGGAUGAUGCCAGGAUCCAGGUGUCGUCGGACGGCCGCAACUGGUCGCUUCGCAUCGGACGCGUGUCGCCGGAGGACGUCGGCUGCUACGCCUGCAAGGUCGAAACGCGGGAGAGCGUGGGAUGCCUCGUCGUGCAAAAGUCUCCGGACAUCGUCGACGACGAGAGCAGCGGCGACCUGACGGUGAACAAGGGCGAAGACGCGCGACUCUCGUGUCGCGCCCGCGGCAACCCCCCUCCCAAGAUCCAAUGGCGACGGGAAGACGGCAGGGACAUCCUGCAGAUCCGGCCCGACGACUCCCGAGGCAGAGACUACUUAAUUUCCGUCGCUCUCGGAAUCCCCUACGGCAACUGGACUCGUUGUAAGUUCCUUCGUCCUCGCCUUUUCCUUCUCUCUCAUGCAUGGUAA